ACCCGAGGAGGAAGGGAUUAAGUUGAGAGGCAGUUCCAUUCCGGGAAGACGACGACUGUGUUAAAUAUCCCCGUUUCAAAGAACGGCUACGAAUAACGGGAACCGGCCCGAAACUCGGACAACCGUCCUCGUUGUUUGGUGAUUAACGCAUAUUAUCAUAUUUGAGACAUAGGGAUGAACUGAAAAUGAGUGUCAACCAGCAACCUCACGUGCCCCCCCCUUAUGGGCAGCCCCAGCCUGGUUACCAGGGUUACCCCCAGUCCGCGUACGGGAGUCAGCACGCGGCAGGCGGCUACCCGGCCCAGUACGCGCCUUACAAUGGGCCGGCAUCCGCCUACCAGCCAGGCCCCCCUCUGCAAGGUCCGCUGCGUGGCGCUCCGGGCUCGGGAGCGCCCCCUGUCUCGGCUGCGCAGGCGUUUUCACAGUACGGCCAGGGCGACGUGCAGAACGGACCCCCGCCUAUGUCUGCACCUGCGCAGAGGCCUCCCAUGUCUCAGCCUUACGCCCCCGGAGCAGUAAACCUCUCUGGGCCCCAGCCAGCUUACAACCAGCAGUUUGGAGCUCCACCAACAAGUGUGCAGCAAAUGACCAAUCAGAUGGCUGGCAUGCAGGUUGGGUCCGCCGCACCGACAUCUGCUGGCCCAGGCUACGCCCCGCCCUCAAUGUCUCAAGCUCCUGUUUCGGCCCCUCCCACCUUCACCCCUGCCUCCGCUGCCCCCUCCCAGCUCCCCUCAGGUCAGAGUGUGACCCAACCCCCUCCCCAAGGUUACUACGGGGCUCCACCCCCCUCACAGCAAUCUUUCCCCGCCUCUGCUCCGCCUUUCUCUAGCGCUGCUCCCACCCAGCCUUCUGUACCUCCUCAGCAGGUCUACUCCCAAGCACCUCCCCCAUCCCAGCCCCCCUUCUCAACAGCUCCUCCUCGAGGCCCCGCGCAAGGGUAUGGAGGUCCUCCUCCUCCAGCGCAGGCCGGCCCCCCCAGGGGUCCUCCACCCACCUCGCAGCCCGCUGUCUUCCCUGGAGCUCCACCACCAACCUCCACCAUGUCUCAGUACCCAGGUCCUAUCCCUCCCCACCCCCCAGUCUCCCAGCCCUCCGCCUUCCCAUCAGGCCCUCCACCCACUGCCGCCUCUGGCUUUCCACCACAGGGGGGCGCAGGUGGACCGCUCGCACAGGGACCCCCGCUGGCCUCUCAGGGCCCCCCCAUAUCCCAGGCAAACCACGUUGCCCAGGGGCCCCCGCCACCCCAUGGCAUGCCACCCGGCCCCCCCACCGCUGGAAUGGCAGGACCUCCGCCCCAGCCGGGCAUGCAGGGUUACCCCCCUCAGCAAAACGGAGCUUUUGGACCAAUGAGGGGCUCUCAGCCGGGUUAUUCAGGGCCGUAUCCCGGGCAACAGAACUUCGGGGCCCCGCCCUCUGCGCCAGCUCCAGCCCCACCUGGCCAGAAACGCCUGGAUCCCGACUCUAUCCCCAGUCCGCAAGUCUCUGACAUGCCACCCGUGCAGAAAACGCGACAUAGAAUAGACCCAGACGCUAUCCCCAGUCCAAUCCAGGUCAUUGAGGAUGAUAAGGCCAAUAAGGGCAGUGACCCCUUCGUCACAGGGGUCAGAGGUCAAGCUCCCCCACUUGUCACGACCAACUUUCAAGUCAAAGAUCAAGGUAACGCCAGUCCUCGUUUUAUCCGCUGCACGGCGUACAACAUGCCCUGUACCUCAGACAUGGCCAAGCAGUCGCAGGUUCCUCUGGCCGCAGUCAUCAAGCCUUUAGCCACGCUGCCUCCAGACGAGGCCCCUCCGUACAUAGUGGACCACGGAGAAAGCGGACCGAUCCGUUGUAACCGCUGUAAGGCCUACAUGUGUCCGUACAUGCAGUUCAUUGAGGGAGGACGUCGCUUUCAGUGCGGCUUCUGCAGCUGCGUUACAGAGGUGCCUCCACAUUACUUCCAGCAUCUGGACCACACAGGGAAGCGUGUGGACUGCUACGACCGCCCGGAGCUCUCACUGGGCAGCUACGAGUUCCUGGCCACGGUCGAUUACUGUAAGAACAACAAGCCCCCCCAGCCUCCAGCCUUCAUCUUCCUCAUCGAUGUGUCAUACAACGCAGUGAAGAACGGCAUGGUGGGAAUCGUCUGUCAGGAGCUUAAGACCCUGCUUGACUACCUGCCCAGGGAGAAUCCGGAUGCAGAGUCAAACGUGCGCGUAGGUUUUGUCACCUACAAUAAGGUGUUGCAUUUCUAUAACGUGAAGGGCUCUCUGGGCCAGCCACAGAUGAUGGUGGUGUCGGAUGUGGCCGACAUGUUCGUCCCUCUGCUGGACGGCUUUCUUGUCAACGUCUCAGAAUCCAGAGUGGUCAUCGAAAGUUUGCUGGACCAGAUCCCUGAGAUGUUUGCAGACACACGGGAGACAGAGACUGUGUUUGGGCCAGUGAUCCAGGCAGGACUGGAGGCACUGAAGGCGGCUGAUUGUGCAGGAAAGCUGUUUGUUUUCCACUCCUCUCUGCCUAUCGCUGAGGCACCGGGAAAACUGAAGAAUCGUGAGGAUAAGAAGCUGGUUGGCACAGACAAAGAGAAGUCCUUGUUCCAGCCUCAGGUGAGUUUCUAUAAUAACCUGGCCAAGGAGUGUGUGGCCCAGGGCUGCUGUGUGGAUCUCUUCCUUUUCCCAAACCAGUACGUCGACGUGGCAACGUUAGGGGUCGUCCCCACCUCCACUGGAGGAUCCAUCUACAAAUACACCUAUUUCCAGGCCCAGGCGGAUCAGGAGCGGUUCUUGAAAGACCUGCGGCGAGAUGUUGAGAAGCAGGUGGGCUUUGACGCGGUGAUGAGGGUACGGACCAGCACAGGGAUCCGGGCGACAGACUUCUUUGGUUCCUUCUACAUGAGUAACACCACAGAUGUGGAGCUGGCAGGACUGGACUGUGACAAAACCAUCACAGUGGAGUUUAAACAUGACGACAAACUUAGUGAGGAGACUGGAGCCCUCAUGCAGUGUGCGGUGCUGUAUACCAGCUGCAGUGGUCAGAGGCGUCUGAGGAUCCAUAACAUGGCAGUGAACUGCUGUGCACAGCUGGCUGACCUGUACCGCAACUGUGAGACAGACACCAUCAUCAACUUCCUGGCCAAGUCUGCAUACCGGAGCGUGCUCAGUAAUCCCACGAAGACGGUGAGGGACAGUCUGGUGAAUCAGUGUGCCCAGAUCCUGGCCUGCUACCGUAAGAACUGUGCCAGUCCCUCCUCUGCCGGACAGCUGAUCCUGCCGGAGUGCAUGAAGCUGUUGCCGGUCUAUCUGAAUUGCGUUCUGAAGAGUGAUGUGUUACUCCCUGGGGCUGACGUGUCUCUGGAUGACCGCGCCUACCUGAGACAGCUGCUCAGCGCCAUGGAUGUGGCAGAAAGUCAUGUGUUCUUCUACCCACGACUCAUUCCACUGCAGAAGUUGGAUGUGGAGGGUGACGGUCUACCUGUGGCAGUGCGUGACUCUGAGGAGAGGUUGUCUAAGGGAGGUGUGUACCUGCUGGAGACUGGACUCAACCUCUUCCUGUGGGUCGGAGCCAACGCCCAGCAGGAGCUGCUCCAGAACAUCUUCGGCACGCCGGCCUUCAGCCAGAUAGAUCCAAACAUGACGGUGUUGCCGGUGUUGGAUAACCCAUUCUCUAAGAGACUACGGGAGAUCAUCCAGUCUUUCAGGGCACAGCGCUCACGAUACAUGAAGCUGAUGGUGGUGAAGCAGGAGGACAGGCUGGAGCUGAUCUUUAAACACUUCCUGGUGGAGGAUAAGAACAGCUGUGGAGGAGCGUCGUACGUGGACUUCCUGUGUCACAUGCAUAAGGAGAUCAGACAGCUCCUCAGUUAG